AUGGAUGAUCCUUCACUUGCCGUUGCCGGCCUUCGGGCUCACUGGAUUGGGGUUCUGGGCGCUUUGUAUGUUGCAUACCAGCUCAGCAGUUUUAUCUACAACGUCUACUUCCAUCCUCUAGCCAAGUUUCCGGGUCCGCUAUUGGCACGCGGAACGCUGCUAUGGCGACUAUGGCACACGAUGCAGGGUCAUCAACCCCAGACUAUGCAGAGGCAGCAUCAGAAGUACGGCCCCGUGGUGCGAGUUUCUCCAGCCGAGCUGAGCUUCUCGACUGUCCAGUCCUACAGGGACAUCUACGGCUUCCCACCUCCGGGGGGCGAGCAAUGCAUCAAAAGUGACUUCUACGACAUAUUCGGAAACGGCUUCAAGACGGGAUGCAUCGCGUCCGAGCGGGACCCCAAGGUCCUCGGCCAGAAGAAGAAGAACCUGCUGGCUGCUUUUUCUGCCAAGGCGUUGGUUGGGCAGGAAGACAUCAUCCAGCGCUGCAUCGACGGCUUCGUCGCCAAGAUCGGUCCCGAGAGCCAGAAAUCACCCAACGGCAUCAACAUGGUGAAGUGGUUUGACAUGAGCUCGUUCGACCUUCUGGGCGAAAUGGCCUUCGGUGAGAGCUUUGGCUGCAUUGCUUCGGGGAAGCAACAUUUCUGGAUCGACAUGAUCCUUCAGCAUGUACAGGAGAUAACUCUCGUGGAUAAUCUGCGCCGGUUUGAGCUUUUGACGGGCUUCUCCAAGUGGCUGCUGCCCUCCCUGUUCAUGUCGAUACGCUCAAAGCAUAGUCAAUACAGCCGAGACCAGGUCAAGCGCCGUCUCGACAGCGAGUCCCCUCGACAGGACUUCUUUACGAAUCUCACUCACAAGGUCAAGUCUGGAGAAGUGCCCCUUGAAGAGAUGACGGCGCACGCGUCAACGCUUAUCAUCGCUGGCGGAGAAACGACGGCGACGACCCUGUCGGCGGCAAUGUUCUACAUGCUAAAGGACCCGCGGGUCGCAGAGAAACUCACCAAGGAGAUCCGUCAGCGGUACAAGUCGUACGACGAGAUCAACUCUACCUCAGCUCAGCAGCUGCCCUAUCUGCAGGCGGUUAUCAACGAGGCCCUCCGCAUGCAUCCGUCGGGCGCGCAUGGGUUUCCUCGCAUCUCUCCUGGUCUAACCAUUGACGGUCACUGGGUGCCGAAAGGAACGGAGGUAUACACCUGCACUUGGGUGGCAUCCCACAACCCGGCAUACUUCGAGAACCCGGACGAGUUCAGACCCGAGCGAUGGAUCGACCCCAAUUGCAAGGACGUCAAAGAGGCCAGUCAGCCCUUCUCUCUCGGCUUCCGCGCAUGCAUCGGAAGGAGCUUCGCCUACAUGCAGAUGUCUCUCGCCUUGAGCAAGAUUCUGUACACGUACGAUAUGGAACUGCUCGACCGAGAUAUCGACUGGGCAACCGAGUCGAAACACUUCAUCAUGUGGCUGAAGGCACCUUAUCAUGUGCGUGCGCAUAACAGACUUUCCCAAGGCAGCGCUCCUGUGGUGUAA